AUGGCUGCUGGGAUGGACUGCAAUGCUGCGUGGGCCUUGAUGUAUCUGACAAGGCACCAUGAGGGGCUGGCAGUGAACAAGUGUGCCCAAGCUGUCAUCUUCUGCAAACUUCUCCACGACUACAGUGGUUUUCCCAGUCUGGGACUCUUCAGUUCUCCAUGUUCCACCAGCAAGGGCAGGUGCACAGGGAUUCUAAACCAGAAGAUAAGGAGGCUCCAACCUUUGGGGAAAACUGCAGAAACUGCAAGUCAACAAGAUAACAGCCUGCCUGCCUGGACACAGAAGAAGAAUCCAAUUAGGUGUGGCAGUCCCAGUCUGGGAGCCUUGGUUUGUAUUUCACCUGCAUGUGGCAGAGCAGAGGUAACAGCACUGCCAGUGCCCAGAGGUGGUAGUCGGUCACCUGUGCUGGUUCUGUGGGCUCUUGUGUCCCUUUCUCCUUGCUUAUCGCAGCAGACCUGCAGAAGCAGGGACUCAUGCUUUUACAACAACACUCAGCUGGUGGCCUGGGUGGACAUCGUGUUCCUCUGCUGCCUUCCCUCACACAUGCCGUCCAUCUGCUCUGUCGUUCGGCCUGCCAUCCAGAAACCCUGCAUUGUGUACAGCCUCAUCACUGCCGUCCCUCUUCUCAGGUGGCAGCAGCUCCUUUGCUGCAGUGCCACCGUGAGGCCGCAGUACCAGUGCUCUGCCCCGGAGCUAUCGAUGGGGCGGGGGGGUGAAGGGUCAGCGGUGCUGCGAGACCCUGCUGCUGCGCGGGCACCGUGUCCCUGCAGCUCCCGCGGGAAAAUAAGAAUCAACGCUGCAUGGCUGGUGGCCAUUUCCUACGCAGUCCUGAACAGCAGCACAUAGCACAGCCUCACCAUAAGGCACCAAAAUUACUCAGUGACCUGUUUUCCUGAACACUGCCCCAUCUGUGCAGAGCAGAAAACUUCCUGCCCACAGUUUGUGCGCAAGAGUUUUGUCAGCAAAGGUUUUGUCUCUUCAGUGACUCAAGAGGAAACCUUCCCCUUGUUUGACCUGACAGCUGCACCUAGAGAGUCUCCCUUUAGCCAGCUGCUAGAAAAGAGUGAGCUUGUCCAGUGCCAUCUUGCUCUACUAUACCAGGCAUCCUUUGGAGACUGGUCUACAAAGCAAUGUGGGCUGAUCAGCACCAAGACAUCUCUUACUUCAGCUGUAGCAGAGUCUGGCAUGACGCUGGACAACAAGUCUCCAUUCUAGACAGCUGCUUCCGACAUUUUCUGAGAAAUUCCAGAGGAAACUACUGACUAUGAUUCUAAAUCCUCAUAA